AUGUGCGGCAAAUCUGCGCAUGUUGCCGUUGGUGUGAAGGAAGGCAUCAGACCGGCAUAUGAAGCGCUCCAUGUGGUUCAGUCUGUGGAAGCUGGGGUGAGGGACAUUCCAUCCCUUUUGGAAGGACUCGCUCCUCCAUCCAAGGAGUGGGCAAACCUUGGAACUCAGGAGUACGGAAAAAAGUCGCAGCAGUCGUCGCUGGAGGUGGAUACAACAAUGAGGACUUUGAACGGCUACGAAAGGCUGGGGAGGGGAAAAGCAGUAUACCGUGGCUGCGUCACGAUAUAA